UUAAGUUUGGGUGGAUUAUUCAGUUUUUUAGGCCAAGUUUAACACUACAGGGGUUCUCCUGAGGUGCAGGGAUCUGUUACAGUGUCAGCAAAUGUAAAGUGUAUGUCAUUUAUUUGAAUUCAGGUCUGUCUGGAGAUGAGUGGGAGGUAGGGCAAAAAGGGGGAAAAAAGACCAGUGGGUCUGUGCUUUGCUCAGAAUUUAGAGAACACGACAAAUGAAAAUACUUAGUACCCGAGAGCUUGUUACCAGCACCAACCAUACUUCACUGCAUACCUCGAUGUUAGGUUAGAGGUUUGAACUCAUUAAUUUUGACAGCUUCUGGCUGAGGCAGCCUUGAGGUCAUUUGCUGGGUUCUCUGCAAGUAGCUCUGUGACAUUCUUUCCCGGUGUCUCUCACAGAACCUGGAAACUGUAUGACAGGGUGUUUUUGCUGUUGGUAUUGUUUGGUUGUUUUAAUUUAUUUAACAUAGUUGUUUGUCCCUUAAGAUGAUGGUGGUUUUAAACAAGUAGUUUAACACAAGUAUUUAUUGAAGCUCUGUAGAGCUCAGUGGAAUUCCUCUCAUCUGUGUGACCCGCUCAUUUGGUUCUGGUUAAUUUUGCAGCCUAGAAAGCUGGGGUCUUCCUUCUGCUCUGAGGAUGCUGUUCAGCUUGCUGAAUUGUAGGUUCUGCCUCUCCCCAGGAAUACCCCAGUAACGGUGGUUCUUUCAGAGGGCAGAGCUGAAGAAUCAGCCCCUGGUGACACUGCCACAGGCCUGGUAUCUCUACAGAAUACAUUAUGUCUGCUAUUGUGCAGGAGUGUAGCUUGCUUACUUUUUUAUUCUAACUUUUUUUCCCAUGUAAGAUUUUUUCCCUGUGUGUUUCUUGGCAAUAAGGCACACUCCUGGUUUUCUUGAAUCUACCUGAGUAAGAGAUCAAGCCUUUGUGACCCUUGCUACCGAUGAUGUGUACUGUCAAGGCGCCCUGGUUCUCGGACAGUCGUUGAGGAACCAUAUGACAUCUAGAAAACUGGCAGUACUAAUUACACCUGAGGUUUCCAGCAGGAUGAGGUCUGCCCUCCGCAGUGUGUUUGAUGAAGUUAUCGUGGUGGAUGUGCUUGACAGUGCUGACUCAGUCCGUUUGGCUCUGAUGCAGAGGCCAGAACUGGGUGUAACCUUCACCAAGCUUCACUGCUGGACUCUUACUCAUUAUAGCAAAUGUGUCUUCAUGGAUGCAGACACAUUGGUGCUUUGCAAUGUUGAUGAAUUGUUUGAUCGAGAAGAGUUUUCAGCAGCUCCUGAUUCUGGCUGGCCUGACUGCUUUAAUAGUGGGGUAUUUGUGUUCCGGCCUUCUCUGAAAACUUACAGCUUACUGCUGCAGUUUGCUGCUGAGCAUGGCAGCUUUGAUGGAGGUGAUCAGGGCUUGUUGAAUAGCUUCUUCAGCAACUGGGCAACAGCAGAUAUUGGCAAACACUUACCUUUCAUCUAUAACUUAAGCAGCAGUGCUGUAUACACCUAUGUUCCUGCUUUCAACCAUUUUGGUAGAGAUGCCAAAGUUGUUCACUUCUUGGGAGCAACAAAGCCCUGGAACUACAACUAUAACCCUCAAACAAAAAGAGUUGUGCAGGAUGGCACCACCUCUGGAUCUUUUCAUCAGCUGUCGUUUCUUGCCCUCUGGUGGAAUAUAUACAGUGCCAGUGUAUUGCCUUUGUUAGAAAUACAUCAGGAGAGGGAAGAAUCAGAAUCUGAGGAAGGCAAGCACGUUUUCAGUGGAGUUGAAAUGACACUGAAAAAGGUCAGUCCUUCUGUGACCAAUUCAGCGCAAAUGCCCGUGCUUCAAGAGCAGACAUAUGAAAUAUAUCCCACAGUGUGUUCACCAGAGGAAUUCACUUUCAGAGCUCAACCUGUAUGUGAAGUUGAACAAAGCGGUUCCAACGUCCACCUCUCUGAGCCUGACAGACCUUCAGAACAACUUGUAUUUCAUCCUGCGUUUCAGGAAACCUCAGAACUGAAUGAGGUCGCACAUUCUGUUUCAGAGCUGAUGAUUCACUUCAAACCAGAAGAAUCAAGUCCAGAAGACGAACGGAGAAAAUGGGAGGAAGGGCGCAUGGACUAUAUGGGGAAAGAUGCUUUUGAACAUAUUAAAAAGAAAUUGGAUAUGUUUUUGCAUUAAGAUAGAGUGCACUGUAAUGGCCGUCACGAUCUAUGUUUCUUCUAGAAAUGCAAUCCCUGAAUACUUGGCUAUCUUCAUAGUUCAAUUGACACCAAAAUUGAAGAGGUAGAUGUGGAUCCUUAUAUAUUUUGGGGGGAAGAUUAACAGAAACAGACUCUUGUUUAUUAUCUGUGUGCCUCAUCUUUAUUGAUCUCCCCUAGUGCCUUCUGAAAUAUAAUGAAGGGUAGCCUCUGGGUUUGAACUCUCAUAUUUAUCCUUCUUCCCUGCUCCUCCUCAUAGCAUUCUGCAGAAGCAGUCGUGUGUGAAACACAUUGGAAGUUAAGAUUAUUUCAAAAGUACUUUUACCUUUUAGAAGAUGCUAUAAAACUAUUUAAAUGAAAACUGUGUUCUUGAAACCAAGUUAACACUUUCAAGGGCAGAGUGUGUAGGCUUCAAUAGGAGAAAAAAGCGAGAAGAUGAAAUACUGGCUUUAUAGGAGUCUGCAACCAAACUCUUUAAUUUAAAUAUACUUAGGAUUAGAGGAAAUUCAGACUUCAUCUGAGAUCACUAGUGGAUGUUCUCUCUACUUAUAGGAAGCUGCUCAGCUUCACCACCACCGUGAUGAAGAGUGGUGUUAAGACUCUCAAGAUAGAAUGAUAAUGUAUGUCAACCUUUUAUGUUGUUGCUAUAGGAUACUCUUGUUUUGUUAAUUAUUGUUAGCUUUACUCCUUGAGUAGUCAGAGGAAGAAAUGCUGACACUAUGUUGUAAACCUUCUGGUGCUUUAUAUCAAUUUGUUUACAGUACUUCAAACUGCAGUUGACAAAGGCUCCUUCUCCUUUGGCACGGUUGCCCCAUACUGCAGGCAGUUUGAGUGCAACUGAAAACACAUUUGGCACUUGUUUUAGUAAACAGGCCCUUUGAAGAUCUUUUAAACAGUAGCUGUGUGUGGGAACUAAUAAAUCUGUGAGUGUAGUUCCAGAAAAUUCUACUGAUGAGCCUCCAUUAUCUUAAGGAUUCUUAAGGGGCAUUGCUUUGUUAAUUUGGGCAUUUAACUUUGACUAAUCUCAGCAAGUUUGUCUUAACAAGGGAAAAGAAGCACUUUGAAAGAAGCAAACUUGACAUGCACAGUAAUAUAAUAACAGAUUUGACACAGUUAUUCAUAAUGCUACUCAAUAUUGGAGGAAGAAUUCUGCAGUGCUGAUGAUGGACUUAAAGCAUGUUUCAGUCUUAAUAUGUCACUAAUUUUGGUACAGGUGUACCUAAUGAAAUAACUUGGGAAUUCUGUUAAAAAGUAAUGAUGUAACAUUAUGCAUCAGAGCGAUUGCCACGGAUGCUAGUGGAGAAAAAGGCAGAGUAGGAGGGAAGGAAUUUUUGUUUCCAUUUUCUUCCACCAGAAAGGAUGAGGGGUAGGGGUGGGGAAUAACUUGUAUAAAUUAGGAAAACAUCCCUUAAAGGAAGAAGAAUUAUCUUUGACUGAUUUAGAAUUACUUUCUAAUAUUCACAAAGGUUGAUUUGCUUUUACUUUUGUGUGGUAUUUCUGAUUUUCAUCUAGUUCGUUCUUUCUUUUUCAUUUAUUCUAAGCACUCUUAACGUGGGAAUCUCUUUGGUGGGCCUGCUGAAUUGCAGCUUCUAGCUGAAGUUAGAUGUUUAGGGUCUCGGAAGUCGAAGAGAUAGAUGCCCAGAAGGUGCUGCUUCUUAAUUUCCCCAUUGAUCAUAAAGGGACCCUCGAUAUCCUGCCUCUCCUGGGUGGGUAACCGUUGCACAUUAACCCAGGUGGGUGCGUCCUGCCUCUGGCUGCCUGUGGCCCCGUGCGGCACGGCGCGGAGAUUGCAGCAACUGCACAGCACUCACCCACGUGGCAUUUGAUCUGCUGGUCAUCCCUGUUUCUUAGUGAACUCGUGCACCUCUGAGAAAGGUCUCUGUUUAAUAAGAGUUAUUGCUAAUAUGAUUCAAACGGCUUUUGGUGACUGCAGUUUUAGAUAGUCUUCAAUGUGAACUCAUGCUUUACACAGCUGUACUUUUUGCAGUACCUACUAGAUCUUACUGGGCACAUUAAUUAGAUUAUGGGAGAAAAAUUACUGACGUUAAAUCAGUAACUGAAAGGCUUUAAAAUAGGCAUAUGACUGUAGUAAAAAGAGCUGUCGUGGAAUACAUUUGAAAGUGCUAAUAUGUAAAGUGGUACCGUGUGUGGAUUAUACAAUGUUUUACAGAGAAAUGUAAUACAUCAGCAUCAUGGAAAUAAAAUAGAAAUGGAAAGGA